UACGAAGCACACAUCAAUCAAAUUAUUUAUUGAGCUGCAGCUAUGCGAUCUGCUAUAAUAUUAAUAAGUUUAUAUAUGUUGGUGAAUCGAAAGUUUAUUACAUGCAAUCAUAAUAAAACUUUCCAAAAAUAUUCGGAAGAAUUUGAAAUUUUUAAGCGACUUUAUAACAAAAGUUAUAAGCGCAUAUACGAUGAAUUCCGAAGUUAUGAAGCGUAUAAAAUCAAUAAAAAAUAAUCGCUGAACACAAUAAGGAUUACGAAAAUGGAAAAACUAGUUUUCGAUUAGCGACAAAUACAAUGGCAGAUAUGAAUACUAAAUUAUAUCUGAAAAGCUACUUGCGAUUAUUGCGUAAUCAUCCGAAUGAGACGCUAGAUAUUAUGGCUGAUGUAGUCGGAUUGACAUUAAUGAGCAAUGUUCCAGAUUCUUAUGAUUGGCGAAAGCAAGGAUUUGUCACAUCGUCAAGCAAUCAAGAAACAUGUGGAUCUUGCUAUGCCUUCAGCAUUGCUGAAAGUAUUGAAGGACAGAUCUUCAAGCGUACAGGCAGAUUGCUAAGUUUAAGUGAACAGCAAAUAAUCGAUUGCAGUAUACCCUAUGGCAAUCGAGGAUGUAUUGGCGGAUCACUUCGAAAUACCUUAAAAUAUCUACAAGCAACCGGUGGUAUUAUGAGAUCUCUAGAUUAUAGAUAUACGGCGAAGAAAAAAAAUUGUCAAUUUGCAUCAGAGCUGUCUAUUGUCAAUAUAACCUCUUGGGCCAUUUUGCCUGCUAAUGACGAAAAUGCAAUUCAAGCUGCUGUUGCACAUAUUGGGCCAAUUGCAGUAUCCAUAAAUGCAACUCCCAAAACCUUUCAAUUAUAUAGCAAUGGUAUUUACAAUGAUGUGUCCUGUUUGUCAACUUCCGUAAAUCACGCCAUGUUAGUGAUUGGUUAUGAAAAAGACUAUUGGAUACUCAAGAACUGGUGGGGCGAACAAUGGGGAGAAGCUGGAUAUAUGAAAAUGCGGAAAGGUAUUAACUUAUGCGGUAUUGCAAAUUAUGCUGCAUAUGCCAUAGUUUAAACUAAUUACAAUAGAUAUAUAAAAUAAAAUAAAAU